AUGCCAAACAAACUUAAGCAUUUUGCAUGGAAGGCUUGCAAGAACAUCUUGGCCACCAAGGAAAAUUUAAAAAGGAGGAAUAUCACUAAGGAUGAUGUCUGUGAGGCCUGUGGGGAGCAACUGGAGUCUGCAUGCCAUAUUUUUUGGUUUUGGGACAAGGCCAAAGAAGCCUGGGAAUCAAGCAAGAUGGCCUUACCUUUUGAAAUUAAACCCUCAUGGGACUUUAUAGAUGUUGUAUGGCACAUCCAGAAAAGACAGGACCAAUGCCCAGGUUUGUUGGAGCGUAUAAUAGCCAUAUGCUGGGGGAUAUGGAAAAACGAAAACGAGGUGUUUCAUGGAGGCAAAGGCAGAGAUGGAAGGGCGGUCACAAGAAGUUCCAUUCUACUUCUGGAGGAAUUCCAAAUAGUGAAUGAGGGCCCACAAGUGACCAGAGUGAGCGCUCCUGAGGUGGUCAAAUGGUGUCCGCCAAGACCGGGUUGCUACAAAGUUAAUGUAGAUGGCGUUGUGUUCUCCAAAAGAAAGCAAGUAGGAAUUGGUGUGGUGAUCCGUGACAGUGGGGGUGUGGUGGUUGCUGCACUAAGCAAGAAAAUGGCAUUGCCGCUUGGUGCGUUGGAGACAGAAGCUAAGGCACUGGAGGAAGGAAUUCAGUUUGCGUGCGAUGUCGGAGUCAGAGACGUGAUAUUUGAGAGUGACUCUUUGAAUAUCUGCAACUCGGUCCAGGGGCUGAGUGAGCCACCAUCCUCGGUUCAGAAUAUCAUCGCUGGAAUUCUGCGACAAGUUCAGAGUUUCAGGACUUUUGAGUUCACGCACACUAGAAGGCAAGGAAAUGUCCCUGCCCAUAUAUUAGCUCAACAUGCUGCAUAUGUUGAGGACUUUAGUGCAUGGCUUGAGGAAUGUCCAAGCCAUAUUGUGCAUGAAUGUGCACUUGAUGUACGUACUUUAUUGACCUUUGAAUGA